UCCCGACAGGAGCACGCUGACGCAACGAGCAACUCCGAACGCGCUGAGCAACAAGUUUGAAAACAUGCCGAGAUCUUUUCUCGUGGAUUCGUUGAUUUUAAGGGAGGCCAACGAAAAGGGGAGUGAGAAUAACCCACCUUUAUUUCCGUACGCCAUGCACUCGCCGCACCACGCGCACGGGCUGCCGGGGUCUUGCCACUCCAGAAAAGCAGGAAUGCUGUGUUUCUGUCCGCUUUGCAUGGCGGCGUCCCAGCUCCAUCCGUCUCCACCGACUCUGCCGCUCCUCAAGGCGUCAUUUCCCCCCUUCAGCUCGCAGUACUGUCACUCAGCUCUGUCCAGGCAACACGCUUCAUCAAACAGCAUCAGCCUCAGCCAAGGAGCGGGGAUUUACCAAGCUGCGUAUUCGGUUCCAGACCCGCGACAGUUCCACUGCAUUUCCCUCGAAAACUCAAACGGGAAACUUCAAAGCAGCAAGCGCAUGCGCACCGCCUUCACCAGCACACAACUUUUGGAGCUGGAGCGAGAGUUCACUUCCAACAUGUACCUGUCCAGACUGAGGCGCAUCGAGAUUGCCACAUACCUAAACUUGUCCGAGAAACAGGUGAAAAUCUGGUUCCAGAACCGCAGGGUGAAGCACAAGAAGGAAGGCAAAAGCAGCGGCCAAAGGACUGGAUCACAUAACUGCAAAUGCUCGUCCCUGUCAGCCGCCAGAUGCUCGGAGGAAGAGGACGAUGACAUUCCCAUAUCUCCAUCAUCGUCAGAAAAGGAGGAUGUGGACCUGUCCGUUUCUCCCUGAGCUCCCAAAACGCCCCUCCAAUUCCCCAUGAGUUUGAAUGCAGCAGACGGAAAAUCUUGUACAUAGACAGAUAAUAUUUAAUCAGACCCAACAGGUCCAACAUUGUAUAAAUUGUAUAUUUGUUGUACGUUUUGUACGUAGUUUUUUUAAAAACUCCAUUGUUAUUGCCACUCCAGUGAACGUGAAAGGCAUAUAUGAGAUGAAAACCCUCUGAAAAAAGAUAGCGUUAUUGUUUAUUAGAUUUUUUUGGGGGGGAAACAUGUUGUGUCUGGGAAACACUGCUUAGAUCCACUUCUCAAUGGAGCUGAGACAGUUUGAGGUAGAAAUUGGUCAAGAAGCUGAUACCACUCUGAAAUUAUAUCUCCUGUGUCAUGGCAAAAUAUUUAUUUAUUUAAAAAUGUGUAUACUUAAAUAAAAAAAAUAUUUCUGGGUUGCACCCUAUUUCUCUAUCGUCGUGGUUUAGUUCAAGAAAAGUGCACGACUCAUUACGCACAAAAGCGCAAAAACCGGAACGCAGAAAACAUAAAAA